CUUUGGUUUGAGGACAUCUGGAUAACUUUUCAGUAAUCUCUACUGUUUGACACCACGAGAUGGAGAAGCAGCCCUUGCCCACUGACGAUGACAAGACAGGAACCACUGAGUCAGAAGUCGAUGGCUACGCCGGUGAAGAGAGCCAGCAGGGCGCGUCUGAGCCCCCCGCUCGAGCUGGAUGGAACAGUAAAAUAGAGUAUUUUUUGGCUCAAGUGGGAUUCAGCGUUGGGCUUGGAAACGUCUGGAGGUUUCCAUAUUUGUGUCAUCAGAAUGGAGGAGGUGCUUUUCUCCUCCUGUAUGUGCUGCUGAUGCUGGUUGUGGGUAUUCCCCUGUUCUUCCUGGAGCUGGCAGCCGGUCAGGCUAUUCGACAGGGCAGCAUCGGAGUGUGGAAGUACAUCUCCCCCAAGCUCGCAGGGAUCGGCUACUCCAGCUGUGUGGUGUGUUUCUUUGUGGCUCUUUAUUACAAUGUGAUCCUCGCAUGGAGUCUCUUCUACCUUGGGAACUCGUUUCAGUCCCCUUUACCUUGGGAACAGUGUCCUCAACAGGGGAAUUUAACGGUGCAGGAAUGUGAAAAGAGCUCCCCUACCUCAUAUUUCUGGUACCGUAAAGCUCUGGAUAUCACAGACUCAAUUGAUGAGACGGGCUCAUUCAACCCCUACAUCGUCUGCUGUCUGCUGGCGGCCUGGACCAUUGUGUGCCUGGGAAUGUUCAAAGGCAUCAAGACCUCUGUCAAGGUGAUGUAUUUCUCCUCCAUCUUCCCUUACUUGGUGCUGUUCUGCUUCCUUGUGCGUGGACUCAUGCUUGAUGGGGCCCUAGAUGGAAUCACCUACAUGUUUUACCCCAGGCUAAAAAUCUGGGCAGACAUACAGGUGUGGCGGCAGGCAGCCACGCAGGUCUUCUUUGCUCUGGGCCUCGGCUUCGGGUCCAUCAUCGCCUAUUCCUCCUACAAUCCCAAGAACAACAACUGCCACCGCGAUGCCUUCACCGUCUCCUCUAUAAACUUCCUCACAUCCAUACUGGCCACCCUGGUGGUGUUUGCUGUGCUCGGCUUCCGCGCCAAAAAUAAGGCCAUGAAAUGUAUAGUCAGUAAUGUAAAACAGCUGUCAGAGCUGAUCAACAGCGGUUCUGUGGACACUAUUAGGAUACCACGCUUUAACUACUCUGAUCCCAGCUCUGUGGCCCUGGCGGACUACAGGGACUGGUUUAAAGAACAUGGGAACUUCACAGCCGGCAUCACAGACUGCGACAUGGAAAAAGAGAUGCAGACGGGUGUGGAAGGGACAGGUCUAGCUUUUAUUGCCUUCACAGAAGCCAUGUCACUCCUGCCUGGCAGCCCUUUUUGGUCAGCGCUCUUCUUCCUCAUGCUGCUCAACUUAGGACUCAGCACCAUGUUCGGCACUAUGGAAGGCAUCCUCGCCCCACUCACAGACCGCUUCAAGACUCUGGCCAACAACAAGACCAAACUCACAAUUUUCAGCUGCAUCAUCGGCUUUGUGAUCGGCCUACUCUUCACCCAGCGCUGUGGGAACUACUUUGUUGCGAUGUUCGAUGAUUACUCUGCCACCCUACCACUCAUCAUUGUGGUGCUUUUUGAGACCUUCAGUGUGUCUUGGCUGUACGGAGCUGAUAGAUUCCUUGACGACAUUGAGGUCAUGCUGGGCUGGCGUCCCCAUGUCAUUUACAAGUACCUGUGGAAAUACAUUUGCCCGCUAGCUAUGGCGGGGCUGCUUGUAGCCACAACUGUUCGCAUGAUCAUCACACGACCAGUUUACAGGGCAUGGAACGAAGCUAAGGCUACUGAGGAGUUCCUGCAGUACCCCGGCUGGGCUCUGGCUGUUCUUGCUUUACUGAUCAUAUUUGCGAUGAUGCCCACCCCACUGGGCUUCAUCCACUCUAUCAUGCAGGACAGGAUGAAAAAAGCAUCCAGAGAUACGGAGAUCGGUCGGUACAGCAUUGUUAGCACCGAUGACAAGUGUGAAACUCCCAUCACUGACAUGUCAGAACUAGAACAAAGAAACGGGGCAGCUAAUUCAUUAUCUUAAACUUUGGACUGUUGAUAUUACACCGUGAGAAAUGACUUUCAGUAUGCAGAUACAAUUUUAGUCCCUUUUUUAUUUAAUGUGGAAAAUAUGAAUUCCAAACAACUCUUCAUUUUACAAUUGAUCAAAUCAGUGAAGACAAUAUUUAUUUGUAUUAGUUUGCAGUAUAAGCCAUAGACACCACAUCAUGAUGUACUUCAUCAUUUCAAUGAAUAUCCUAAAAACGAUGAGUUUUUUAAAAACAAUUUAAAAAAAUCAGCAACCUUUUCCUUACAUUAUCUUAUGGACAGACUUACAGUACAUUGUAUGAUAUGUUUUAAACCUUUUUUAUAACUGCUGGUCAUGAUUUGAGGUGAGUUACAACACAAACAUUGAGGCUGAAUUAUGACAGGAAAAUCAUGACAUCACUGUAUCUGUGAGCACAUAUACAGUACACAUAACACUACACAGUUCUUAUCGAUUGCUGCAUCUGUUGCUGCAGGAUGAGUUGAGCAAAUAGCUGUACAUGUUUAGCAAGACUGUUACACCAAGAGAGGUGACGUUAAACACAGCUACAGUAUUGAUGUUGUUCACUACACAAAAGCCAUAAAACCACGUUUAAAGCUCAAAGUAUUAAGUACUGUGUCACCAGUUUGGUUUUACAGUUUGAUAUUAUGUGGAAUGUACACACAUUUAUCAUGUAGCUGCACAAUCAUGUUAACAUUUUCUGUUCAAACCAACCUGAAAUAGCUGAUAAAAGAGGUAUCACACAUUUUAUUUAUUUAUUUUUUUCUUGUUUGGGUUUACAGGGAUUAGCGUACAAUCACUGUGUUGUUUUGUGAUAUCAUGUCGGACAUGGAAAAAAAAAUCAAAGUUCCCAUCACCCUGUUUUUAUAAUUGUCAUGUUAGGCAUUAACAGUAAGUGUAUAGAAAAAAGUUUGUUAACAUUAGUGUUGUAGAGCACACAGAUACAAGGACUGUUGGCUGCCAGUUUUUUGGUAGCAUGUAAAUAUGUAUAUAAUAUGUGUAAAAAUGCACCAAGAACAAUUGUAAUUGAACACGUCUGGGAUUGUCGGUCAUAUUUUUAUUUGGAAAUUGGAAGUUUGCAUGAAGCGCUUUUUUCAGCAUGGGUUUAGGAGGAAACUAGCUUAAUUUUAUAAAGCUAUACAAAGCCACUGACCAGAUACAAUUUGGCAUCUGUUCUGAUUUAACUGCAGUAUAUGAUACAAUUAAGGUGUUGAUCUUGCAAAAAAUAUUUUUUUAGACUUCACUGCCUGGCAGAUUUUUGAUAAGAUUUCACACAAAGCCACAUCACUUCGUCUUUUGUAUUUUCGUAGCCAGUUGAAUGAACUUGAAUGCUGUUGAAUGUACAUGUACAAAGUGCCUUCAGAUCUAACAAGGCUGAUUGAACAAAAUGUUAAAAGCAUUCCAGCAUAUGUAUAGUUUGAAAAACAUUUCGUUUUGUAGAUUCCCUUUUUAAUAGUGUUAUGUGUAGUCUGUAUAAAAGGAGAAAAUGUAAUAUAAUGCUAUUGCUAUGUAAUAUAUUGUUGCCAUUCUUUUUAUUAAAACAUUUCUUUCAGCACUA